AUGGACUCCGACGACGACUUCAUGAGCGAUGUCUCCAGCCAAGAUGACUUUGGCAUGCAGGCAAGCGACAACGACAGCUUAGGAGAAGACUUCGGUGAUCUCGACGCCGGCUUCGACGACAAAGACAUAUUCGGACACAAACGGAAACCCUAUGAAGUCGAGCUCAAGGUCCUCGAUCCCCCCGAUAUCGAAAAUGAGCAGCUUGGUCAGGUUAACGAGGUGUGCGCUAUCCUCGGGCUGCCUCCAGAGUCGGCGGCUAUCCUGCUACGGUUCGGACGAUGGAAUAAAGAGAAGUUGAUUGAGUCGUACAUGGAACACCCGGAGAAGACUUUAGAGGACGCUGGACUCGGGACGAACUUCGAAGGCACUGCGAAAACGGAGACGGUACCUGGCUUCAUGUGUGACAUUUGUUGUGAGGAUGGCGAUGAUCUCGAGACCUACGCCAUGCGCUGUGGACACCGAUUCUGUGUCGACUGUUAUCGACACUACCUGGGGCAAAAAAUAAAGGAAGAAGGCGAGGCGGCUCGCAUACAGUGCCCGGGUGAUGGAUGUAAUCGCAUUGUGGACUCGAAGUCAUUAGACCUUUUGGUGACGGACGAUCUGAAAGAAAGAUAUCGCGAACUUCUGACCCGGACAUACGUUGACGACAAGGAAAACCUAAGGUGGUGCCCUGCACCAAACUGCAAAUAUGCCGUUGACUGUGGGGUCAAGAACCGAGAUCUUCAUCGCAUCGUGCCGACGGUACAUUGUUUCUGCAAGCACGAGUUCUGCUUUGGCUGCUCUCUAUCCGACCAUCAACCAACGCCCUGCACACUAGUCAAGAUGUGGCUACAGAAAUGUGAAGAUGACUCCGAAACAGCCAACUGGAUCUCGGCCAACACCAAAGAGUGCCCGAGGUGCAUGUCCACAAUUGAGAAGAAUGGUGGUUGUAACCACAUGACCUGUAGGAAGUGCAAGCACGAGUUCUGCUGGAUGUGUAUGGGCCUUUGGUCUGAACACGGCACAAGCUGGUACAACUGUAACCGAUAUGAGGAAAAGUCCGGCUCAGAUGCUCGCAGUGCUCAAGCCAAAUCACGUUCAUUCUUGGAACGUUAUCUACAUUAUUAUAACCGGUACGCCAACCAUGAGCAGUCUGCCAAGCUCGAUAAGGAUCUCUACCUGAAGACCGAGAAGAAGAUGACCAGCCUUCAAUCAUCGUCUGGUCUAUCCUGGAUCGAGGUGCAGUUCCUGGAUACUGCAUCGCAGGCCCUGCAACAGUGCCGUCAGACCUUGAAGUGGACUUAUGCGUUUGCAUUCUACCUCGCGCGCAACAACCUGACAGAAAUAUUCGAGGACAACCAGAAGGAUUUGGAGAUGGCUGUCGAGAGUCUCAGUGAAAUGUUUGAGAAGCCUGUAUCUGAACUGGCAGAACUCAAGGUUGAUAUCCUCGACAAGACCGCCUAUUGCACUAAGCGCCGGGUGAUUUUACUGAGUGAUACCGCCGAGAACCUGAAAAAUGGAGAGUGGUCCUUCAAUGUUGAAUGGUAA